GGAGGAAGAGAGAGAGAGAGAGAGAGAGACAGAGCUCCAAGUGCUUCUUGAAAAAGAAAAAGAAAAAAAAAAACAGAGAAAGAAAGAAAGAAAAAGAUUUUGUACAAGAACAGGGGGAGAGGUAAUAAUUAAUUAAUGGGGAUGGAAGUGGAAGAUGAUGUUUUCUUUGCCGAUCUUAGUAAGCAGAUAUCCCUGCUUAUUAUGGAUGACGAUGAGCAAGAUGAAUUCCCUCUUCAGAGCCCAUCGCUUCAUUUUCAGGGGUAUGAUCAGCGUAUGAUGAGGCAAGCAAUGAUGCCACCACUAGCAUAUAACCAAAAUAUGUAUGAAAUGGGGUCCUACACGCUGUCAUCAUCAAGGGAGAGCAAGGGAACCGGCGUCUUCAUCCCUCGCUCUUCUUACCCCAGGAGGAAGCCCCACAUUCAUAAUGCCAAGUCCAAGUGCUCCAGCAACGGCGCCUCCCAAAGGAAAUCCGCGAGAGCUGCGCUUCAUUCUACCGCCGCUGCCAGCGCUGACGUCCUACGCUCCAAAAGCUCUGGCCCCGUCAAGAACCGCAAUUGAUUAUUAUUAGUUAAUUUAGAUAUUUUGGGGGGUGGUGGAUUUCUACUAACUCAGCGCGCUUCUGCUUUGAAUGGUCUGAAUUUUGUUUAUUUGAUGGUUAGUGGCAAAUUGUUACUAUAUAUGUACAUGAUUGAAAUAAAACCCCUUCGAAAAUAUAAGCUCUCAAAAUGUAUAGGUAUAUGUGUCGACGAAGGGAAAGUGGAGAGUUGUGAUCACAUUAAUCUAGUGCUUAUUUAUUAAUGAUAUUUGAUUAUACUGUUCGCUUGGCUGCA